AGCCCUCGUUGCCUUCACAUUUUCAAAAGUCAAUAUUUUAUCUUACAAAAUAUGUACUUUCUUAUCUUCAAAUGUGAAAUAUAAUCGAAUUCCCAUGGGAAACUUCCCUUAUACCAAUACUUUCAUAUAGAGAGAGAUCGUCACAUAAAUAUUUUCCUUUUGAAUCCAUCCAUAUUCCUCACUUUACAAAAUUAUAAACGCAAAACUUUAUCUACUCAAUUAGUCAAACUGAAGCGACACCGCCGCAUCGUGACACCGCCGCAUCGUGUUUUAGGCCAGUAUGGCGCUCCCAGAGGCCUAUGCGACGGUGACGCCUGCUGUACCCUCAUGGCUAAACAAAGGCGACAACGCGUGGCAGAUGACGGCGUCGGUGCUGGUGGGGAUACAAAGCAUGCCGGGCCUGGUGAUCCUCUACGCCAGCAUAGUGAAAAAGAAGUGGGCGGUCAAUUCGGCCUUCAUGGCUCUCUAUGCCUUCGCCGCCGUGCUCAUCUGCUGGGUUCUCAUCGGAUACCGAAUGGCGUUCGGCGACGAGCUCCUCCCAUUCUGGGGCAAAGGCGCCGUGUCCCUUGGCCAGAAGUUCCUCAUCAACCGGGCCAAAAUCCCCGAGAGCAUCCGUCGAAACGACGACGGCUCCAUCGAGAGGGAGACCGUGCCGUUUUACCCGAUGGCGACGCUGGUCUACUUCCAGUUCACUUUUGCGGCGAUCACGGUGAUUUUACUAGCCGGGUCGGUUCUUGGGAGGAUGAGCAUCAAGGCUUGGAUGGCUUUUGUCCCUCUUUGGUUGCUGUUUUCUUAUACGGUUGGAGCUUUCAGUUUGUGGGGUGGAGGGUUUCUUUACCACUGGGGAGUUAUUGACUACUCCGGCGGAUAUGUUAUUCAUCUCUCUUCUGGAAUCUCCGGUUUCACAGCUGCUUAUUGGGUAGGUCCACGGCUGAAGAGCGACAGGGAAAGAUUCCCUCCAAACAACGUGCUGCUCAUGCUGGCGGGCGCCGGGCUGCUGUGGAUGGGGUGGUCAGGUUUUAACGGGGGGGCGCCAUAUGCUGCCAACAUUGACUCCUCAAUUGCGGUGUUGAACACCAACAUCUGCGCUGCCACUAGCCUCCUCAUGUGGACUACUCUCGAUGUCAUAUUCUUUGGGAAACCGUCGGUGAUCGGAGCCGUCCAGGGAAUGAUGACCGGACUAGCAUGCAUCACACCCGGGGCAGGAUUGGUGCAAUCGUGGGCGGCUAUAGUGUAUGGAAUACUUUCUGGUAGCAUUCCGUGGGUGUCAAUGAUGGUGCUUCACAAAAAGUCUAGUCUAUUUCAAAAGGUGGAUGACACCCUCGGAGUAUUCCACACACACGCGGUGGCCGGACUAUUGGGAGGCCUUAUGACGGGUCUGUUUGCGGAGCCAGAGCUUUGUCGGCUCAUACUACCUAGAUCCGAUUCGAGAGGAGCAUUCUACGGUGGAACAGGCAGAGUCCAGUUCUUGAAACAAAUGGCGGCCGCCACGUUUGUCAUCGGGUGGAACAUAGUGUCCACAACAAUCAUACUUCUUUUUAUAAGGCUAUUCAUUCCGCUGAGGAUGCCGGACAAUCAGUUGAUGAUCGGAGAUGACGCCGUCCACGGAGAAGAGGCCUAUGCGCUGUGGGGAGACGGCGAAAAGUACGACCCGACGAGGCAUAAUAGCUGGAAUAUGCCAACGUACGGUGAAGAAGUUGCGCCUUCUCCUUAUAUUACUGGUGCAAGAGGUGUGACUAUCAACCUUUAAGUUGUUUAUUUGUUGUUUGUGUAAGUAGAAUUUUUGAAGUCCAAGGAAUUUCAAUGGUAAAGGCGGUUAUUGUUUGUUUUAAUUGUAAAAUUAUUAGCUUUUGAGGUAGGCGGCGAGACAAUAUUAGGUCACGUUGCAAUUACUAAAUGCUCUUUCAUGAAUUUUGUAUAAUUCGAGGCCUCCUAUGUUGAAUCUUUUUUUUUUUU